AUGAGAGCUACAGCACUUCUCGUCCUUGUAUUCUGCUUUACUUUGACAAAUGCCGAGAAAAGAAAGAAACCAUUGUGCGAGAUGUGCGAGGAUGUCAUUGAAAAACUGGAUCGAGUGCUAGAAAAAGGCGAGCAUAUGGAGAGGGCCCUCAAAAAAUACUGCGAAAAUGAUUGCCCAGAUUUUCUUAAGCAGUAUUGCGAAAAGCUUGACAACGCCUUGAAGUACAUUAUCGAAAAAUUAAAGAUCCAUGACACACCGGAGAAGAUCUGCACUGACAUUCAUUUUUGCGUUGUUUAA